AUGGCGCUUUACAUUAGCAGAAACAGCGGUGUCCGUGUGUUGUUAGUGAGAAAGUGUGUGUGACCUCCAGCGGUAGUGAUCCACCAGGGCCUCUGUAUGUCUGAAUGGACUUUUUCAGUUAGUGCUUUUCCUCUGACUCAUCUCCCGUUAGGCUACAAAGCUAUUAAAGUUAGCUUAGCAUGCUAGCUAGAAACAGACUGACGGGGACGGAAGUUAGCAACACAGCGCUUGUCAGAGUGACUGAUUGAGAGCAAACAUUGUUUUUGACGUGGAGAAAAAGUUUGUGUCAUUGUGUGAAAAAAUGCCUAAAGCCCAAAUGCUGAGAGCGUUGGUGAAGCAGCGACUAACUGCGGCUGCUGAAGAUAUAUUUGGGCUGUUUGAAAGAACGAUAGCAGAGUACGAGGAGGAACUUUCUAGAUCAAAACAGGAGAACGAGCGACAACGGAAACUACUGGACGCUGUUUUCAACCCUCGGCUUCAGUUACACAGAGCAGCAGAUGUCCAGCAGCUGUUGGUUAAAGAAGAGGUUCCCCCUGAGCAGCAGGAGUUGACUGCCAGUGUGGACCAGGAGGACCCAGAGCUCCCAGACAUUAAAGAGGAACAGGAGGGAGAGCAGCUUCAAGGGCUGGAAGAGGCUGAUAUCAAGUUCACACUCACUUCUGUCCCUGUGAAAAGUGAAGAAGAUGAUGAAGAGAAAGCUCAGUCGUCACAGCUUCUUCAAAGACAAACUGAACAGAUGGAAACAGAUGCUGAUGGAGAGGACUGUGAAGGACCAGAACCAGCCAGGUACUCAAAGCUAGAUACACAUUUACAACCAGAUACCGAUGACAAGACUUCACACUCUGAACCUGCGAAUGAUGACAGUACAGAUUGGGAGGACACUCAGGAACCUCAGUCAGGUUUAAACCUGCUGCAAAAUAUUGAAGUACCUGUAAGUGACAUCGAAUCUAAUACUGGAAAAGCAUCAGUUAGCUCCUCUGAAUGUGCUACAAGCUUUGGCCACAAGGGACAUCCGCAGGAACGCACUGGAAUCAAAACAGGGGAGAAACCAUUUAGUUGUUCAGUUUGUGGCAAAAGAUUCACACGACAAGAUCAUCUAAGACGCCACUUCACUGUCCACACAGGGGAAAGACCAUUUAGUUGUUCAGUUUGUAGUAAAAGAUUUGCACAGAAGGGACAGCUGAAACAUCACCUGAUUGUUCACACAGGGGAGAAACCAUUUAGUUGUUCAGUUUGUGGUAAAGGAUUUACAUCCAAGGGAGACGUGAAACGACACUUCACUGUCCACACGGGGGAGAAACGAUUUGGUUGUUCAGUUUGUGGUAGAAGAUUCGCAGAUGAAUCGAAUCUGCGACGACACUUGAAAAUCCAUGCUAAGCAGAAACUUUGGUUUGGUUGUUCAACUUGUGGAAACGAUUCACACAAAAGCCACACCUGAAAUAUCACCUGACUGUCCACACCACAGACUGUAUAUAGAGAUGAACAGUAUCUCUUCAUUUCCUCCCACUGUGCAAAGAUGAAGCCAAAACAUCCAGGAUAUGGCAGCUGCUAGCUAGCACUGGUGAUGUCAUCUAGAGCUAGAGUCUGUGCAGUAGUAUUCUCCUUAGUAUCAAGUUCUGUCUAUAUACCUGUCUGACCUAUCACAAGUAGUGCCAAUGAUCACACCGGUUGGCACAGAUAGCUGUCAGUCAUGUCACACACACACACACACACACACACACACACACACCCACACCCCCUCCCUCUUUUUAUAACACAAACAGGAGGAUGUGAGGUUUACAACCUCUACUGCAGCCAUUCACCAUGGCGAUCCAGAUGUUCUGGCUUCACUAUGGGGAGCUGUCAUGUUGUACAUCUUGAUUAUAUAGUCAGGGUUUCUCACACAUGAAAUCAUUUGUGGCAGCCUGUCUUGAUAUCAGCAUUUGCAUCCACAUAUUGAUUUUCUACUUUUGGAGAUUGACCAUUAAUUUGGAGCACUGCUGGAAUAUAUCCCGUUCAGUUUUUCAGAGCUCCGCGCUCCCGGAGCGCAGCACAUACUUUAGGCACAGACGGAGCAGCAGAGCCAUAGACUGGAAAAAUAAUGGAUUUAGCUACCGUGAAGUCACCCAAUGGUUUUUUGACUCCCAUUUUGAAGCCUGUAGUUUGGCAUUUUGGCUGUAGCCGUUUUGGGUUUUUGGAGCCAGUAGUAUCCACAGUGAAGCUGUGGAAGGAACAAGGGGUGGAUCUGACAGAGACUGAGGACUGUUCAAAUCUCUACCCCGCGACUCAACUCACAAAGCUGUUACUGAGGAGAAAAAAAACAAAAAAGUCAUGAAGAGUUCCGCCUGUGCUGUUUUAUGGACCCGCAAAAACCUCAGAAUUCAGAGAGGGGACACAGAAUGAUGUGCCUCCCCCAGCCGUCAGCUACCACCACACAUAGAUUCUAAUUCUGUGGGAAACAAUGAGUAUGUUUACAUGCACACUGAUAUUCCCCUAGUAUACUGAGUAUGACAAUAUUAUGAAUUUGGUACAGGUUAGCAUGUUUUGUUUUCAGAUUAAGACGUGGGAUAUGUCAGUAUUACUCAGGUUUUAAAAGCAUCAUUUGGACAUGUAUACAGCAUUCAGAAUAUGUGUCUCAACUUGGGUUUUUACCACAGUUUGCAACACAUGGCCUCUUGUCUGUCUUGUCAGCUCUGUGCGUUGUCAUGGAGAUGUUAAACAAAAACCAACUUGCCAACAGUUUGCAGGGCUGGUGCAGAGAUGCAUGCCCAAAGAAAAAGCCCACAUUUCUGUUUGGAAGAGGAAAUACACCCACUUUCAAACAUUAUGUAAUACUUGCAUGUAGGAUCUUAUGUGCAAAUAUCACAAGAUUGACCUUUUCAAGAAGGUGGUUGAAGGAAUGAAACAAUGAGGUUGUGUUGGUAAGGUCUAAUAAGUCAGCCACUGGUAGGAAACUCAUGGCUGCAUGUAAAUGGGAAUAUUAUUGGAAUAUUCAUUUUCAUGUAAAGAGCUUAGGAAAAUUUUCUUUGUCAGAAUAAGGGCAAAACUGGAAUAUUUUGUACAUGUAAACACAGUGAAUGGUACAGUUUAUGGUCCACAUGGGAGAAACUAAUUAGUUACAGCCUUUGUGAUAAAAGAUUCACUUGGCUCCUUCUUUUAAAAACACGUGUGUUGGUGAGAGCGAAAGAAAUACGUGAAGCUGCAGAGAUUUUUUUUCCAGCAGAAUUGAAGGACUGAGGGAAAGACUUGAUUUAACAAUGAUUAGCUAAAAACUGUCAGACCUUUUCCCCUUAUACGGACUCCAGAAUACAUCUUUUCAGUUAAGAUGAAGCUACACAAUGAGGACUGUGCAAUAUAUCGAUAUUGUAUCGAUAUGGUGAUAUUAGACUAGAUAUUGUCUUAGAUUUUGGAUAUCGUAAUAUGGUUGGUGUCGUCUCUUCUUGGUUUUAAAGGCUGCAUUACAUUAAAGUGAUGUAAUUAUCUGAACUUACCAGACUGUUCUAGCUGUUCUAUUAUUUGCCUUACCCACUGAGCCAUUAUAUCCACAUUAAUCAUUACUGAUGAUUAUUUAUCAGAAAUCUCAUGGUAUAAAUAUUUUGUAAAAGCCCCAAUAGUCAAUAGUAUCAUCAGAGUAUCACAUCAAGGUAUUUGAUAAAAAAUGCUGUGAUAUUUGAUUUUCUCCAUAACAUCAUCCCUAUACACAGUCACAAUAAGCUUGUUUGUAUUUGCCUUUACAUUAUGUAGUCAUUUUAUGGCGCUGUGCCUUUUGGUAUUACAUGUAAUGUUUGAUUAACCUGUUCAGAACCCAAAUAUGUUCUAAACACAAAAUAAACAUUGUAAUGGUGGAUUUCUACUCUAAAUGCAUUAGCAUGAUUAGGAUACUUUAUUAUGUGUUAUUUUUUCUGUCCAUUUCAGUGGACGAGGAAUCUGAAUGCAGACACCACCUAAUAGUUAAAAUGACAAUAAAUGGUCAUAACAGACCUUUUUUCAACAGAAUACAUGAGUUUUCAAGCCUAUUUUAACUCUGAUGCAAUGUGUAUUUUGAGAGUUGUUCUUCAAUUAGGCAUCUUUGUCCUGGGUCUUGUGUGUAGACUUGUUACAGAUGUUUUGUAGCACCAUAUGUAAUCCCUUUUUGAUUGUUUUUAUGGAUUUGUUUUUUCUAAAUUCUGUGUUUUACAUUUUUGUCUUUAGAAAGGGUGUGUAAUGAUGUGAUGAGUGAAUAAAAUUUUUAACAAUUCAAUAA